AUGGAAAGGUUUUCGCUGAGGCAAAAGUCAAAAGAUGAGAAUGGUGAAUUUGAGACUUUGGAAGUUACUGUUUAUGACUAUUUUGUGAAUUAUCGCAAAAUCGAAUUGCAGUAUUCUGGUGAACUCCUAUGUGUGAAUGUCGGGAAGCCUAAAAGGCCAACUUUCUUCCCCCUUGAGGCACUAUCACUCAAUAAGUAUGAUGAGGAACCUUUGUUGAAAUCAUGUGUGAUUUCAAUAAACAACAACUUCACACAAGUGGAAAGCCGUGGUCUUGCGGCCCCAAAGAAAAUUGAUGAGCCUUUUGAUGCGUUUGAGGAGAGCCCACAAAACAGGAGGGCCCCACCUCUUGUUAGAGUAAAGAAAAUGUUUGAAAUGAUAACGUCGAAGCUUCAUGGUGCCUUACAGUUUCUACUCUGUUUGUUACCUGAAAGAAAGAACUCUGAUUUUUAUGGUCCUUCGAAGAAGAAGAAUCUGGCUGAUUUUGGUAUUGUGAUACAAUGCAUAGCUCCUAUGAGAGUCAAUGAUCAGUACCUCACAAAUGUCCUGCUGAAGAUCAAUGCUAAGGUGAAUACACUUGAAAAAAAAACAGGUCAAAUGCUAGAAUAUCAAUUGCUUUGUGUAUUAUAG